CCCCUUAAUAAAUAGCGAAAAACACCCGCGUGUACAUCAAUAUACGUUUUGUGACCACCUCCUCCACCCAAAAGGACUCCACCAAACUUCGCUACCAAGUGGCGUCCUCGUCACCGCAUUCUCUCUUCUUUCCUUCCAUCUCCUUUCUCCUUUCUUCGAUUAGUCGACACUUCCGAGGAAAUACUCAGCUGGGUUUUGUAAUCUUGCCUGAUUUUUGAUUAUAUCUGCUGCAAAUUCAGCCCUUUUGGUUGUGUGUUUUAUUUCUUUCUGAAAGCAAUGGAGUCGAAACUGUUGAAACUGGCAUCAUGUCCUGCUCUUUUAUCCCCUUCACCCAACAAAUUAGCCAAACCCGUUGUCCCUUUUCCGGCACAGAGCUCCAGAUGGAAUUGCCUCCGUUCUCAAUUUGUCACCUGGGGUACUCCGAAGCAUGGCAUUCCUGCCGUCCAGGCCGUUGCUAUUCCAAUUGGGUAUAAAGAUUCUAUCUUUACCUUCUGGGUUCGUUUUAUUUAAGAAAAUAUUGAUUCCUGGCUUGAUUCAUUUGUUGGGUCACAUAUGAUUUUGUUUGUUUUCGAUUGGUUGGUGGGGGUUGCUGUUGCCGUUUCUUUUGGUGUGGGGUUUUUUUAUGUUUUAUUAUAAGCGGUGGAAAGAUUUGGGGUUGGUGGAUUGAAGAAUGCUCUUUCUGAGACCCGUACCCGUUUGUACAGCUUCUUUCUGAAUUUGCAGAAGUGGAGCCUAUGGUUAUUUCUAUGAGAGAGGAUUUGAUUUGAAUUUAUUACAAAGCUUCUGUAGUUCUGUUUAACCUGUUCUUCAUUGACUUGAAAUUCAGUUUCCAGAAAAUUUUCACUUUCUGGAGUUGAAUGCAUUGGGCAAAAGAAUGUGAAAUUUUGUGGUUAUGAGGUAGCUCAUGUUGAAUUUCUUAGUAGUUUUUUCUGAAGCAAGUAUUUUAAUGUGUAUGUCACCUACCCGUCAUCUGAAUGUAAGGCUAGAUUUGGUAUUCAGUUUGCCUUUGGUUGUCAAUCCUUUUCAACCUACACGCAGCCUCAAACAGAUACAAGUGGGAAGUUUCGGUCUGCGAUCAUCUUUCUGGUCCAACACUAUUUUUUAAACAUCUACUUGCCUGCUGUAAUUCUGUCAUUUUAUACUAUUGGAACUCAUGCUGUAUAAACCCAAAUCAGAAUCAAACCUGACUUUGAAUCACUGUUUUGAAGUUGGGGUUGAACAGUUAUUAUCAGCAAGCUUGGGAUAAAUAGUACUGCUGGUUAAUGCGUUUUACAUUUUACACUUAGAUUACUGCAACCCUUUUCUCUGCUGCUGCGACAUGCUGACAAGCUGUUUUCCAGUUGAAGAAUGCUAUGGAUUGUAUGGCUCUAUUGCUUAAGUGGUUCUGCCGUACUUUAUAUUCUGAUGUUGCUCCAUCAAUUCACUUGUUUCAGAUACCAAAUGAAAAAGAGGGUUGAUGAGACUAACAUUUAUACCCUGGACGGUAUAAGAAACAGUUUGAUCCGACAGGAGGAUAGCAUCAUAUUCAAUCUUUUGGAGAGGGCACAAUAUUGUUUCAAUGGGGUGACUUAUGAUCCCGAUGCUUUUGCUAUGGAUGGAUUUAUAGGUUCUUUGAUCGAAUAUAUGAUGAAAGAAACCGAAAAGCUUCAUGCUAAGGUUGGAAGAUAUAAAUGCCCAGACGAGCAUCCUUUCUUCCCAAAUGAUUUGCCUGAUCCUAUGUUGCCGCCUUUGCAAUAUCCACAAGUUCUGCAUGCAGCCGGUGAUUCCAUAAAUAUCAAUCGUAAGAUUUGGGAUAUGUACUUCCGAGAUCUUCUUCCAAGAUUAGUUAAAGAAGGUGAUGAUGGUAACUAUGGAUCGGCAGCAGUAUGUGACACCAUUUGCUUGCAGGCCUUGUCAAAGAGAAUCCACUAUGGUAAAUUUGUUGCUGAAGCAAAGUACCAAGCAUCACCAGAAGUUUACAACGCUGCGAUUCUCUCACAGGAUAGAAACCGACUAAUGGCGUUGUUAACUUACCCGGAUGUUGAAGAGGUAAUAAAGAGAAGAGUAGAGAUAAAAACCAGAACCUACGGGCAAGAGGUGACCCUGGGUGCUGGAGAAAAUGAGAAUCAUACUGGCUUCAAAAUAAAUCCAUGCCUUGUAGCUGACCUGUAUGACGAUUGGAUAAUGCCAUUGACAAAGGAAGUGCAGAUUGAGUAUCUAUUGAGAAGAUUAGACUAGUAGGUUGGGUUGAGACUUGAGAGUAUCUUAGCUGAUGUAAACUAAACUAUCUACCCUUGUGGAUUUCUGGGUUCAGAAGCAUUCGAUUAUGAAAUGUGAAGUCGGGUGCUGGUUCCAUCUUAUAGGCUAGUUGGCAACUUGGCUAGCAUUUUCUAUGUUUGGGACUUUGGGGGGAAAACUCUUAAUAGAAUGGUUAGGGCCUGUACGAUAUUAAUCUCCCUGAAUUUCUCAUAGUUAACGUAAAUGUAUAGAUUAUUGCUGGAAGAGAUGAGCUUUUUUUUUUCUUUUUUUUUUUCAUUUAUGCUAUAGGCUUGAAUUUGCAAGGUAUAUAUAUACAUAUAUAUAAGGAAAAUCUAGAGUCCCGUUGGUCAAUUUUACAGAACCGUAUCGUUCUAUCUUUAAUCAAUCAAUAUUGAUGAUAUAACAUAUAAUCAUGGGGAUCAAUAUUGAGGAUAUAACAUAUAAUCAUGGGGUGAGAAACUUUCAACAAUUUCUCAAACAAAUUACUCUUUUGGUAUCAUCAAUUUCUCAAACUAAU